AGGCAGAGCGCCUGGGAUCCGGGCAAGGCUGGUGCCGGCGCAGAGAAAAGACCGCUUUCAGCCAGGUAUUUCAGUAUCUGUAGACAAGAUGGAAUCAACUCCAUUUAAUCGACGGCAGUGGACUUCACUAUCAUUGAGGGUAACGGCCAAAGAACUUUCUCUUGUCAAUAAGAACAAGUCAUCGGCUAUUGUAGAAAUAUUCUCCAAGUACCAGAAAGCCGCUGAAGAAGCAAAUUCGGAAAAGAGGAGAAAUAACACCGAAAAUCCCCCCCAGCACUUUAGAAGGGGAAUCCUGACUGCGUUAAAGAAGAAGUGGGAGAACCCAGUGCUGGGAGCUGAGUCUCACACGGACUCUCUGCGAAACAGCAGCACUGAGGUCAGACACAGAGACGACCAUCCUCCUGCUGAAGUGGUGAGCAACUCUGCCUCCGGGGCCGAAGCUAACCGAGAGGAACAAGUCCAUCCCAGAACUAGACUUGGAUCACCUGCCGAAGCCCAUAUUCAGGACCCGUAUCACCGCAUUGAGGACAGUGAACCUCUCAAAGACCACUCAACAGGAAAGAACAAAAUGGAAAACUGUCUAGUAGGAGAAUCCAGGCAUGAAGUAGGAAAGCCCGAAAUCAGUGAAAAUACAGAAGCUACAAACAAAAUAGAGAAAUAUAAUGUCCCGCUGAACAGGCUUAAGAUGAUGUUUGAGAAAGGCGAGCCAUCUCAAACCAAGAUUCUUCGGACCCAAAGCCGAAGUGCAGGUGGAAAGAGGAUCUCUGAAAACAGCUAUUCUCUGGAUGAUUUGGAAAUAGGGCCAGGUCAAGUGUCAACUUCUGCAUUCAAUUUGGAGAAAAGUGAGACUAGGCGAAACCUGGAGAUCCCGCGCCUGUCAGAAACCUCCAUAAAGGAUCGAAUGGCCAAGUACCAGGCAGCUGUGUCCAAACAAAGCAGUUCCACCAACUACACAAAUGAAUUGAGAGCCAAUGGCAGUGAAAUCAAAAUUCAUAAGUUGGAACAAAAGGAGAAUGUGCCCCCAGGUCCCGAGGUCUGUAUCUCCCAUCAAGAUGGAGAAAAGGUUUCUGCAGCUGAGAACAGCCUGGCAGUCCGUUCCACGCCUGCUGAAGUUGACACCCCAGGUAACUCCCAGGUUAAGAGUGAGGUCCAGCCUGUCCGUCCCAAGCCACUAAGUCCAGAUGCCAGAGCCUCCAGCCUUUCUGAGAGUUCUCCUCCCAAAGCAGUGAAGAAGUUUCAGAUACCUGCAAGAGAGACCUGUGUGGAAUGUCAGAAGACAGUCUACCCGAUGGAGCGUCUCUUGGCCAACCAGCAGGUGUUUCAUGUCAGCUGCUUCCGUUGCUCCUAUUGCAACAACAAACUUAGUCUUGGAACAUAUGCAUCACUACAUGGGAGAAUCUAUUGCAAGCCUCACUUCAAUCAACUCUUUAAAUCUAAAGGCAACUAUGAUGAAGGCUUUGGGCACAGACCACACAAAGAUCUGUGGGCAAGCAAAAAUGAAAAUGAAGAGACACUGGAGAGACCAGCCCAACUUCCAAAUGCAGGGGAGACCCCUCAGAGCUCAGGGGUAGAAGAUGCCCCCAUUGCUAAGGUGGGUGUGCUGACCGCAAGCAUGGAAGCCAAGGCCUCCUCUCAGCCAGAGAAAGAAGACAGGCCAGCUGAAACCAAGAAGUUAAGGAUCGCCUGGCCGCCCCCCACUGAACUUGGCAGUUCAGGAAGUACAUUGGAGGAAGGAAUAAAAGUAUCCAAGCCCAAAUGGCCUCCUGAGGAUGAAAUCAGCAAGCCUGAAGCGCUGGAGGAUGUAGAUCUGGAUCUGAAGAAGUUGAGACGAUCUUCUUCGCUGAAGGAAAGAAGCCGCCCAUUCACUGUAGCAGCUUCAUUCCGAACCCCUUCCGUCAAGAGCCCCAAAUCCUUGUCCCCACCUCUCAGGAAGGGCUGGAGCGUGUCAGAGCAGAGUGAGGAGUUUGUAGGAGGAACAGCAGCAGGAAGGAAACAAGUGGAAAAUGCCGAUGCCUCUGAGAAGAAUGGGAGUGUGGGAAAAACAACCUGGCAAAACCAGGAAUCUAAAGGAGGGGAGGCGGGGAGGAGAAGUAAGGAAGUUUAUGGUUUUGAGAUGGGGAGUGAGAAUCUUGUAGAAAAUGGUGCAAACUUAGAUGAAGAUGAUAGAAACCUUUUCAAUCAGCAGUCUCCACUAGAACCCAAGUCUCCAAAUUGGUCCAGCUUUGCAGACAACACCUCUCCUAAAGAAUUCACUACUCAGAAUCAGAAGUCCCAGGAUGUGGGAUUCUGGGAGGGAGACGUAGUCAAAGAGCUGUCUGUAGAGGAGCAGAUAAAGAGAAAUCGGUACUAUGAUGAUGAGGAUGAGGAUGAGGAUGAGGAAUGAUAAACUGCAGUGGCGCUGGGCCUUACCUUGUGCUAGUGUUAGUGAGCCACUGCCCUUUAUCAGAGUGAUGUAUGUAUACAGUUAUCUUAGCAUAAACUGUAACUUAUGGGGAAGUAAUUUUGGGAAACAGUUCUUGCUUCAAAAAAAAAAAAAUCCCAUACUGCAGCUUAUCUCUAAAUGCUAGAGAUAACAUUACCUAAAUCCUCUAUUUUAGCCAUGAUGAUAUACAUAAGUGCGUUAAGGUCUUAUAAAAAAGGAGGGGAAUAUUCCAACUGAUAUAGUCCAGAUUCCACUGUGUUCCCCAAAGGCAAUAUGAAAUAUAUAGAUGAUUAGUAUAGUACAUUGUUACUCUAAAAAUUGAAUCAUUCAGAGGGAUUUAGGGGCCUAAACAAUAUUACUGUAUGCACUUUAGUAUAAAGGGCACAGUUUGUAUAUUUUUAAAUGAAUACCAAUUUAAUAAUUUAGUAUUCAAUUAUUAAGAAAUCAAAUAUUUAGUCUUUUUUAAAAUUUUAGGUUAACUAUCUUACUCAGAUAUAUAUGGGGGAUUUGCUUUGCAUCCUGCUCUUUAAACCACAUCCUAAACUGGAUUCUUGAGAUAUAACACAACCACCUUUCUGAAACAUCUUUUAGGCACCUUUGGUGCUUGGAGAGAUCCACUGUCUCCCAAGUAAACUAUAAUAUUUGCCAAUAAGUGUGACUAUACCCCAAGUGAUUGAUUGCUUCUCUGGUGGUAGCUGUGGUUCUCAUAAUUUGCUAAAAGAUACAAUAUUUUAUUAAGAUUUUUAUAUUACUGUUUAAUGUUUCAUGUUACAGCAAAAUGAGUUUAAAGAAGGAAUAAGGGGGGGGGGGGUUUGUACACUGCCUUAAACCAAUUGAGCUCAGACCCCCAAACCAUAUAUUUCACUUCAGAUAUCCCCUUUCUGGGACACUAAUUUUUUAAUUCCUAUCAGCUCUGAAAUGUAUUGAUUUUUAUGGCAAACAGUAUCCCCAGGGUGCAAUUAAACCAAUUAUAGGCCUUUGUGUGUAUGUGGUGGUGGUGGGGGGGGGGGGGGGAGUUAUGUUAAGUCGUUGGAACAUUAUAAACUUGAGUACAUUUGUUGUACAUAAUUGAUAUUCCAAAUUAUAUGUGGUGAAGGGAGGUGUUAAGCUAUAGGCUUUUCUUUGUACUACAUUUUUAGAAAUUUAGCUCUAAUAUUUUUUAGAAAUGUAAAAUGUUCUGCUUUCUUACAGUCUUGCUUAGUCUGAAACAUUUUUAUUCAAUAAAGCUUUAAAUUUACAUUUGAACUUUUCAA